AUGGCAGCCCUCUACGAUAUGACCCGUCGCUUAACAAAGCAUCAAAUUGAUAGCUUCACCAAAAAAAUGGAGGAAGACGAACUGUCGACAGUUUCAUUAGGCAAUGUCGUUACAGUCGAAAAAUUACCGGACAAAAUGCUCCAAGCGAUAUUUUCAUAUCUUUCACCUUAUCAAGUGCUCAUUGUUGGACAAGUUUGUAGGCGCUGGAAGGAAAUUGCUCAGAGUCCAUCGCUGUGGCACCUUAUCUCUUUUCGCCCAUCAUACGGUGGUUUACAAGUAACCAAUCAAGAAUAUUUGCUGCACUUGAUUGGAUCACGUUUUACAGAGUUACGAGUGAUUGAGCUAGCAACUGAUUUGAUAACACCUAACGUGCUUCAUGAAUUAGCUGCUCGGUGUCCUCAACUUUGGUCUAUGACAUUAGAUUUCUCAACAGCGAUGCAACUACACGAUUUCUCAGAUUUGCAAAGUUUUCCGAGCAGAUUACGUUCACUAACAAUAUGUUUGAGUGGGAAUAUUUUCCUGGAAGGAUUUUUGAGGAAAGUUUACACAUUCAUUUCUUCGAUGGAAGUGCUUCAGAUUAUUGGAACAUAUGAAAAGAUAGAAGACGAAGAAGAAGAAGUUUAUGAAACAGUGAACGUACAUAAACUAAAACAGUACAUACCAAAUCUUCGUGUUGUUAACUUCUGGGGCGUACCUUUUAUAACAGACGAGCAUGUUGAGUCGAUAUCAUCCAAUUGCGCCCAUCUAGAAUGCCUCUGUAUUAAUUAUUGCACAAAAGUUACCGGAUCAUGUCUUCGACUUGUGCUGCAACGCUGCAAAAAGCUUAGGAGCCUUCUUCUCGCUCACGCAUCACUUGACAAUGAAAUCAUAAAAUCUAUCGAGUGGGAAAAAACACACAUCGAAGAGUUAAAUAUCUGUGCUACUGAACUAUCACCCGACGCAUUAAUUAGCAUUUUAACUCGACUAAAACAUCUCAUUUGGCUUGAUGCAUCUUGGCUGGAAAACAUGAAUGACCAGGUCCUAGAAGCCUGGCUGGCUUCAGAUUCCAUUGUAAACCUGCAGUAUCUUAACUUAGACACCUGUGAUUCACUGAAUGAAGCGUCAUUAACUGACCUCAUAUCCAGGAUGGGAAACCAAUUGCUGGGCUUAAACUUGGGGGGACAUCAUAAAUUACUGGAGUAUUUCUGGACAAAUAUGAUACCAAAGCUUAAAAAUAUUAAAGUACUUGUCAUGGGAACGGCGGAAGACUGUUGCUCAAAAGUACUUGCAAAAAUUCAUAUUGAUCAAUUUAUCGAUAGUAUCGCGCAGAAUUGUCCAAAGUUAUGUCGUCUUGAAAUUCGCUGGGAUGAUGGAACUCUAAGAUUCAGUGACAAAUCGAGCAAAUUCAUCGAUACUCUUCGAUUGAAGUGCCUGAAAUUGCGUUCGGUAGUAUUAUCUGAUGGUCAAUAUUACGAAUUAGUACGCUCUAAUUUUGAAAGAGCUGACCGGCUAUGCGUCGUCAGGACGCUCGAAAUGUGCCGUACAGGACUAAUGCAUUGUUCAAAAUAUUACAAUCAAUUACUAUUCAACUGA